CAGAGAGAGAGAGAGACAGAAACAGAGAGAGAGGCAGAGACAGAGAAAGAGACCGAGAGAGACAGAAACAGAGAGAGAGAGACAAGGAGAGAGAGAGAGACAGAGAGACAGAAACAGAGAGAGACAGACAGAGGGAGAGAGAGAAGGAUGUGACGUUUGUGAUUUCACAGUCGUCCUCCCACUGCUGAAAACCAUCAGAGAGACGAGUGUGUGUGUGUGUGUGGGUCUGUGUGUGCUGGACGAUACAUGGAUUUAUUUCUUUGAAGAUCUGAACUGUGGACGUUAAACAGCUGACUCACACAAAAAAACAAGAGAAGCUACAACUGAGUCACGGCUGCUGAGUGAAGACAGGAAGUGUGAAACGACCUGGACACAAAGUCCUCCACACGUCCAAGAGACGGAUGAGGACAGUGUCGGAGCUGCAGGUUCUAGGAUGGGACAAACAACAGCAAGCUUCUUCACCUCCACUGUUUUCAGCCGCUCACCUGGACUCCAUCGCUGCUGAUGUUUGUGUCCUGCAUGUUUCUGACUUCACUCUCAUCUGUGACACAGAAAAACAUCUACAUCACAAUGAAGGAUGAGAAACAGGAAGUGAGGGGACGUCUGCAGCCGGCCUUUUGAAGGAGCAGAGGACACUUGUGUCCACAUCCUGCCACUGGCAUCAUGGUGAAUGUUGGCAGUAGAGCUGGUUUCCUACAGGGUGUGGUGGCAGUGAGAUUGCCGCCAUUAUGGUGGUCCGUCCCAAUGUUGGUUUGUCUCCAGCUGCUUCAGUCGGACACCGCCCACACCACCGCAUGUCCGUCCCAGGCCUCGUCCCAAACAAACAGAUGUCUCUGUGCCUCAGACAUCGUUAGCUGUGCUGCCCUGGGUCUGGAGUGGGUCCCCGGUGAAAUGCCUGUCUCUGCAGUCACUCUGGACCUCAGCCACAACCACAUCAGUCAGCUGAAGGGCGGGGCCUUCAGAGGACUUUCUCGACUAGAGACGAUACGAUUGGCUCACAACCGUCUGACCACCGUUCACCCCGGGGCGUUUCAGAACACCUCCGGGCCUCAGCUCCGACACCUGGAUCUGUCGUCCAAUCAGCUGCGUGUUGUGGAGCAUCACUAUUUCCUGGAGCUGCCUGGAUUAGAGGAGUUGCUGCUGUUCAACAACAGGAUCGUGCAGGUGGAGAGUCAAGCUCUGUCCGGACUGGGAAACCUGCAGAGGGCGUACCUGAGUCACAAUCGGCUCACUCAUUUUCCCUUCUUCUCCAUCCAAGAGCAGAGCCACCCUCACCUGACCAUGCUGGACCUGUCCUCAAACCGCCUGCUCAAGCUGCCUCUGGAGGACAUAUCAAACCUGCCCCUGCUGGUCCAGAGAGGACUCUACCUUCACAACAACUCUCUGGAGUGUGAAUGUUCCAUGUUCAGACUGUUCCGGCACUGGGAGCAGCAGGGAUUUGCGUCGGUCAGGCACUUCAGACACGAGCACACCUGUCGGGUCUAUGGUUUACAGAAAGCCACGGUGCGCUUCUUCCAACACGACCUCUACUUUAAAAAUUGUAACCUGAGCGCGGUGAGUCCAGCGCUCGGCCAGCAGAGGGCGCACAGCGUCUCAGUGAAGGAGGGGAAGGCAGCGCUGCUGCACUGUGUCACCGCCCUCAGCGGCCACAGUCUGACCUUUCUCUGGGUGUCGCCAAACCAGGAGUAUGUGGCACCGCCGGGGAACAACGGCUCUUUGAAGAUGUUCACCAAUGGCAGCCUGGAGAUCGUGGAGGCACAUGUGGAGGACGCCGGUGUGUACUGGUGCAUGGCACUGGACCAGCAGCAGCAACGCAACCAGACCAGCGAGGUCAACGUAACGGUGGCACAGCGCCACCAUGAGUCCCACGAGUUCAACACCGGGUUCACCACACUGCUGGGCUGCGUGGUCAGUCUGCUGCUCAUCCUCAUGUACCUCUACCUGACGCCGUGCCGCUGCUCUCACUGUGCCAAGGCCACACCCACUGCCAGCACAGAAAAUGAGGCCGGAGCAGGAAGUGCCAAAUCCUCCAUCCUCACCCCGAACCCGCCCGCGACAACCGAGGGCCCGGGACACAAGGUCAGUACCAACAAGCAUGUGGUGUUUCUGGAGCCAAUCAGAGAGCAGCAGAAUGGCAAGCUGAGGGCAGGGCCUGGUUCUGGGGCAGAGAAAGGACACGUGGGGCAUGGCUUACCACUAGAAGCGGAGCAACAACAGAAGCUCCAUGACCAGAAGGCAGGGGGGCCGGCCUCCUUCACGAACGUGUUCUCAGACACACACAUCAUGUUGCCAUAGAAACAGGAAGGACAGACUGACACCCUUGUCACUCAUUUAACUCCUCCUCCUCCUAAACACCACCCCCUCCCCUUGUCCCGCCCCUCCCACCUGAUGACCCAGGUCUGCACACCGAACCACAGCCACGAACCGCUGCACUGUGACAGGGUGGACAGACGGGGGCGGUGCUUAGCAGAGAAAAAACAGACCAAAAAUAGAGAG